CAGAACGGGCUGCCAACGGCCGGUGAGGCUUCUGCGCGCGCCUGCUUUCGCGGCAGCAGCAAGCCUCGGGGGCGGCGGCGACCACGACGAGCGCGCGGGCUGGCGCGCGCCGAGGCGGGUUCUGGCGGCGGCGCGCCCUGUGCUUGCAGCUCGAGAGAGAGAGAGAGACGCGGAGGGAGCGCUUCUCGCGCGCCUCAGCUCCGGCUUCGCCAGCGCUUCAGAGCUUUCCAGAUCGCAGAUGGGGCUGAGCCGGAGCGGCGCCCACUGAGGACCUGGGGGAGGCGGGCGCUCGCUCGUCGGUUCGCGUGAGGGGAGAGGACGAGGCCGGCCGGCCAGAUAGCGACCGCUUUGCCGCAGCAAUGCAGCAAGUUUUGGAUAACCUUACGGAUUUGCCACCAUCAACAGGAGCUGAAGAAAUAGACCUUAUUUUUUUGAAAGGAAUUAUGGAAAAUCCUAUUGUAAGAUCGCUUGCCAAGGCUCAUGAGCGACUGGAAGAUUCUAAACUUGAGGCUGUAAGUGACAACAAUCUGGAAUUGGUAAAUGAGAUUCUUGAAGAUAUCAGUCCAUUAAUAAACAAAGAUGAAAAUAUUGCGGAAUUGGUUGGUAUACUGAAGGAGCCACAUUUUCUGUCACUCUUGGAAGCCCAUGAUAUUGUGGCAUCAAAAUGUUAUGAGUCUCCUCCUUCUAGCCCAGAAAUGAAUAACUCUUCAGUGAACAAUCAGAUAGUACCAGUAGAUGCCAUUCGAAUACUUGGCAUUCACAAAAGAGCAGGGGAGCCACUAGGUGUUACCUUUAGAGUUGAGAAUAAUGACCUGGUAAUUGCAAGAAUCCUUCAUGGAGGAAUGAUAGAUCGACAAGGUCUUUUACAUGUCGGUGAUAUCAUUAAAGAGGUUAAUGGUCAUGAAGUUGGAAACAAUCCAAAAGAGUUGCAAGAACUUCUAAAGAAUAUUAGUGGUAGCGUCACGCUGAAGAUUCUUCCUAGCUACAGAGAUAAUAUUAUUCCCCAACAGGUAUUUGUGAAGUGUCACUUUGAUUAUAAUCCAUACAAUGACAACCUGAUUCCAUGCAAAGAAGCAGGGCUCAAGUUUUCCAAGGGUGAAAUUCUUCAGAUUGUAAAUCGGGAAGACCCAAACUGGUGGCAGGCUAGCCAUGUCAAAGAAGGAGGAAGUGCAGGACUUAUUCCAAGCCAGUUCCUGGAAGAAAAGAGGAAAGCAUUUGUCAGACGGGACUGGGACAGUUCAGGUCCAUUUUGUGGAACAAUAAGUAGUAAAAAGAAGAAAAAGAUGAUGUAUCUCACAACUAGAAAUGCAGAAUUUGAUCGUCAUGAAAUUCAGAUCUACGAGGAAGUAGCUAAAAUGCCUCCAUUUCAAAGGAAAACAUUGGUGUUAAUAGGAGCCCAGGGAGUUGGUCGAAGAAGCUUGAAAAACAGAUUUAUCAUACUGAAUCCUUCGAAGUUUGGAACUACGGUGCCAUUUACAUCACGAAAGCCAAGGGAUGAUGAAAAAGAUGGGCAGGCCUACAGGUUUGUGUCACGAGCUGAAAUGGAGUUGGAUAUUAAAGCUGGCAGAUACUUAGAACAUGGAGAAUAUGAAGGAAACCUUUAUGGUACCAAAAUAGAUUCCAUUCUUGAAGUGGUUCAGACUGGAAGGACAUGCAUCUUGGAUGUGAAUCCACAGGCACUGAAAAUAUUGCGGACGUCAGAGUUUAUGCCCUAUGUAGUGUUUAUUGCUGCUCCAGAACUAGAGACGUUGCGUGCCAUGCACAAAGCUGUGGUAGAUGCAGGAAUUACAACCAAACUUCUAACAGACACUGAUUUGAAGAAAACAGUGGAUGAGAGUGCACGGAUCCAGAGAGCUUACAGCCACUAUUUUGAUUUCAUAAUUGUGAAUGACAAUCUAGACAAAGCCUUUGAAAAGCUGCAGACUGCUACGGAGAAACUGAGGACGGAACCACAGUGGGUCCCAAUUACUUGGGUAUACUGACCCAUUUUUUGAAGAUGGGUGUAAGCACCAAACUAGGCUAGCUGCCAACAACAAACAUUAUACCGAGAAAAUAUUGUGCAGAGGUGCCAGACACUUGCAGCACCCGAUACAUUUUUAUUCUGUGUAUAUUCAGAUAAAUGGUAUGCUAUUCCAAGUUUUUAUACAAAAUGUUGAAGGGAAAGUGUACUUAAAUAUGUAAUUUAUUUUAAUUUUUCUAACUUUUUACAAAUAAUCUUUCUAUUCAUAUCACAUGAAGGAAAUGCGUUGAAGCAUUUUUAUAAAUGUUUUAAUUUAAUACUUUGCCUUUACUCAUCUAAGAAACUUUCCAGUUACUCACUUAUACGUUUGGUCUUACAUUUUCACUGUGAUAAGAAAAAAAUACUUGAAAAUUUUUGUAAAACUUUCUCAUUUUAAUCAAAUGUUUCAUCUGGCCAGUUUUUCUUAUUUAGGAGAAGACACUAAUGCUUAUCUUAAUAAACAUGUUGCUCUUCUUGAUGUGAACAGACUUUUCAAUACUUAAGAAGCAACCAGCACUGAGCCAUCUUACUGACACCUUUUGCUUAAUGUUUUAUACAUGUUUGGCAGUUGUCUUGUCUUAGACAGAUGUACUGUAGACUUUCCUGUAUAUGUUAAUCUUUUUGCAAAGAGUAAAGCAAUAUCUUGAACUUUCCCUACAAGGCUGCUCUGAUGAGCCAACAUUUCCACCUAUUAAACAAGUAUUUACUGUCUGAGUUCUGUAACAUAUAUCAUUGUGUUUGGGACAAUGGUGAAGUAGUUGGAGAGAGCCUUAUCAAUGCAGAACCUUACAGUGAGGCUUGGCAUGUAGGAUGUUUGUUCCCAUGUGAAAAAUCAUUGCUUAAAAUAACAAAACCUGCUUUUUUACAAUGACCUUGCUCUGUAUUUGUAAAUUGUUCUGUGUUGAGCUUUUAUUUUACACAGGAAUAUUUAUGAGUGAUUAUGUGUGUUAUGAUAUGUGAUGUGAUGGGACUUUUGAGCUAUUUGUUAUCUUGUUUAACUGCUUUAUUCACCAGAUAGCUUGUGAAACUAAAGUUAUUGUCAGAUGCUAAAAAUCAAUGUUAUUUAUAAGCGGAUUCAUUUCUGAUUUACAAUCUUUUAAAAAUGUUCACUGGUAACUCUUCCCAUGGAUAGACUCAUCAAAAAUUAAUUCGUAUUAUCUCUAGAUUCAUGUUGAUUUAUCACUUUAAACACUUUUGCUGAUGUGUACUCUGUUUAAUGAAUAUAAAUGCAGGUUGUCACGAAGGCAGACUUGUCUAGUGACCAUAUUUUAUAUCAUG